CCAGUUUGUGUUAUGUGCCCCAGUCUAGCCCUAAGAUAGUGUUGAAGCCAGAUAAGGAGCCCACUAUUUCAGUGUUAUUAAAUGGUAAGUUGCUGACGGCGUUGGUAGAUACAGGAUGUACACGUACGUUAGUACAGUCACAAUAUAUAGCUAGAGAGUCAUGGACUGAGGAAACCGUAACGGUUUGUUGUGUACAUGGAGAUAAGUCAGAAUUACCUACUGCUGAGGUGUAUUUGGAGGUUAACAAGCAGUCAUUUUUGAUGAAUGUAGGUGUUACCACAAACCUGCCCUAUCCCGUGUUGCUAGGAACUGAUAUGCCCAUAUUAGCAGACUUAGUGCAGGAGACAGCUUGGUGUGGGAUAGUUACUAGAGCGCAGGCGAAAAAGCAUACCCGGAUAGCACAAACUGAAGAUUCGAUAGAUGGCACUCUGCAGGAUAUGCCAUUUUUUCUGGAAGAAAGUCUAGCUGAAGAAGGGUUGUCUGAGGAAGAUAGAUUGGACAAACGCAGGAAAAAAGUGGCAGAUUUGAUGGAUAGCUCACAACAGACAAAGUUUGAGUGGGAAGAACCAGAGAUUGCUGAGUCAGAGUUUGUCAUACCCAGUGAAUUAGGACAGCUUCAGAAAGAGGAUGCUACUUUGUCUGAAUGUUUUAGGAAAGUUAGCAAAGAUGCAACUGUGAGUUCAUUGUAUGGUGAGACAUUUAUGGUGGAACAAGGUCUUCUUUACAGACAGAGUGAAAAGGAAGGUUUGCAGUUAGUGGUACCCAAAUCUCAGCGCAGAAAGGUGUUAGAGCUCAGCCAUUCAAUUCCUUGGUCAGGUCAUAUGGGAUUCAGGAAGACAUUGAGGAGAGUUUCUAAACGUUUUUAUUGGCCCGGUAUGUAUACUGAGGUGAAAGAAUACUGCAAAACCUGUCCUGAGUGUCAGUUAGCAGUUGGUAGGGCACCUGCAAAGGCACCUCUUGUUCCGAUACCUGCAGUAGAUACACCUUUUGAGAGGAUAGGGGUGGACAUUGUUGGACCGGUGGAGAGAAGUCAGAAAGGGAACCGUUUUAUCUUGGUGGUUUGUGAUUAUGCAACCAGAUACCCCGAGGCCUACCCUUUAAGAGACGUUACUGCAAAACAGAUUGCAGCUGCACUGUUAAACUUCUUCUCACAUGUAGGCAUUCCUAAAGUAGUUUUGACUGACCAAGGCCCCAAUUUCAUGAGUCGUACCCUAAAACAAGUCUAUCAGUUACUGGGCAUUAAGAGAGUUCGGACUACUCCAUAUCACCCCCAGACUGAUGGUCUGGUAGAAAGAUUUAAUCAGACCUUAAAAGGAAUGUUGAAGAAGUUUGUGUCUGAGAAUGGAAAAGACUGGGACAAAUGGCUGCCUUACCUUUUGUUUGCUUACCGUGAAGUUCCUCAAGCAUCCACCGGGUUUUCUCCUUUUGAAUUACUGUUUGCUCACCAGAUUCGGGGUCCACUGGACGUUUUGAGAGACAGUUGGGAAGCCAAUGACAAGCCCACCAAGCAGAACAUUCUUUCGUACAUCCUCAAAAUGAGAGAGAAGUUGCAACUGGCAUCCACCCAGGCACGGGAGAGUGUGCAGGAGUCACAAGUGAAACAGAAGAUAUGGUAUGACCAGAAGGCCAGGUCCCGAACUUUCCAAGCAGGAGAGCAAGUGUUGUUGUUACUUCCAACGUCAGAGAACCGACUGUUGGCCAAAUGGCAAGGCCCAUAUCAAGUGAGGAAGAAAGUUGGUCCAGUAACGUAUGAAAUAGAAAUGCCAUCCAGAAAUAAACCUUUGCAGACUUUUCACGUUAAUAUGUUGAAAAAGUGGCACAGUCCGCCUGCACAGCCAGAACCAGUAAGAGCAGAGGUGAAGGACCUCUUGGUAAGGGCAGUACAGGAAGAGGACGAAGUAGAGGAGCAGUUCUUGCCUGUUGGUGGAAGUGAGUACCCUUUAAAUCUUCAGCAUUUGACAGUGGAACAAAGAAGUCAGUUGCAAAAUUGUAUACCUGAGCAGCUGUUCCAGGACACACCUGGGAAGACAGAUCUGGUACAACAUCACAUUUAUUUGAAGGAUGUGAAACCGAUUCGACAACCAGUGUACAGAGUUCCAGAAAGGCUGGUGCCUAUCAUGAAGCAAGAGUUGGAAGUUAUGCAGAAACUAGAGGUCAUAGAACCAUCAGUAAGCGAGUGGAACAACCCCAUUGUGCUGGUGCCAAAAAAAGAUGGGUCCCUAAGGUUCUGUUUGGACUUUAGAAAACUCAAUUCGGUGAGCAAAUUUGAUCCUUACCCUAUGCCCAGAGUCAAUGAUUUAAUUGAAAAGCUUGGCAGUGCACAAUACCUCACAACUCUUGAUCUGUGCAAAGGUUAUUGGCAAGUGCCCUUAAGUCCAGACAGUAAAGAGUUUACAGCGUUCAAGACUCCAUUUGGGCACUAUCAAUUCCGCGUGCUUCCUUUCGGACUACAUGGGGCUCCUGCGACUUUUCAGAGGAUGAUCGAUCAGAUCCUUACUGGAACUGAGAAAUACGCAGCGGCAUAUUUGGAUGACAUCAUUAUCUUCAGUAGGACAUGGCAGGGUCAUCUGAUACAUCUCAAGGAGGUGUUAACUCGAAUAAAAAAUGCUGGUCUUACUAUUCGCUCAGACAAGUGCACAAUAGCUAAGGCAGAGACCUGUUAUCUUGGUCAUGUGCUGGGGCAUGGAGUCAUACGCCCUCAGGUUGGGAAGGUGGAGGCCAUUAAACAGGCUGAGCGGCCUGUAACCAAGAAGCAAGUAAGGUCGUUCCUUGGCCUGGUGGGGUGGUAUAGACGCUUUAUCCCGAACUUUUCUGAAAAAGCCUUAGCCCUUACUGAGCUCACAAGGAAGAACAAACCCAACAAGCCUAAUUGGACUGCAGACUGUGAGCGUGCUUUUAUGUACUUGAAAGAUGCUUUAUGUGAAGAGUCAGUGUUGCAGAGUCCGGAGUUUGACCAAGUUUUUACAGUGCAGACUGAUGCUUCACAAUUUGGCCUUGGGGCUGUACUUUUGCAGGGAGAGCAAGGACACUUAAGACCCAUUGCUUUUAUCAGCAGGAAACUCCUUCCACGAGAGACACGGUAUUCAACCGUAGAGAAGGAAUGCCUGGCGGUCAAAUGGGCCUUGGACUCUUUCAGGUACUACCUAAUGGGUAGGAGGUUUAAAUUAGAAACUGAUCAUCGGGCACUGGUUUGGCUGGGCCGAAUGAAAGACACGAAUGCUCGUAUAACACGGUGGUUCCUGGCUCUGCAGCCAUUCGACUUUGAGGUUGUCUAUCGGACUGGCUCGGAAAACUGCACCGCAGAUUUCCUCUCCAGGACACCACGAGUGGUGUCUGGGGAAGGGGGAGGAAAUGUCACAGGGUAAGCCUGCGACUGUGCAUGGACACACACACAUACACAUGCACGUUACGCGCAUACACCGGCGUCAUGUAUUACAGUCUGUUAGCCGACAUAUAUUUAUGUAUGCAUUGACCUGUGUGACAUUUGAUAUCAUUGUGUUGUAAACUUGUAUGAUGGUCUGUGUGUAGUUUUAUCUGAGUAAUGACCACUAGUAAUCGUAUACGAGUGAAUAGAAGUGUUUUUCUCAUGCGGGAAUGAAUCACCACCACGAGUAUUUGAUUAACAUAUUUUAUUGAUUAAAGUGGAAGAGAUAUAGAAGAUGCUUACCAUGUUGUGAUGAGUCGUUGGCCAAAUCUGUUCGGUUGAACAUCCGGUCUAUUUAUAGGUCUUGUGUCCGCGCCAGCUAGUGGCGCGUUCAUGUGAGUGACGUCACCGGAGAGUUUAUUCUCAUAGUUUUUAAGUUAUGGGUUUUCUUUGAAUAUA